GAAAAUGUGUAGUUGACGAAACAGAAAAGGGAUGGUUUGUGGCAUACAUCGACCGAAACCCUGAGGCGAUACGUAGGCAGGAACAAGUGAAAGCUAAGGAGAAGAUGGAUUUGACAGACGAAGAAAGGACUUCAAAAUUUAUACAGCAGCAGAUCGUACGUGCGGCAGAAAAAGACACAACGUCUAAAGCUGCAGAAUUUACAGAAUUCAAACGAGAGAAUGAGGAAGAGAAAGUAACCAUGAGUCUUUCCAGUUUAGUUAAGAAAAAAGAGGAAAAAGUCAAGAUCAGUACAGAUAACCUGUUCACAAUACCCCCAGAUAGCUCUGGGUCUAGUAAAGGGGAGAGCAGCACGUCCAGUCAAAAGAGGGAAGCUACAAAACCAGGUCUGGCGGGACAGAAACGUAAAUCAGCCCUCGAUGAAAUUAUGGAGUUUGAAGAGAAGAAGAAGGAGAAGAUGAACAGGAAAGACUACUGGUUACAUAAAGGCAUUGUAGUAAAAGUGGUCACGAAGAAACUCGGGGAGAAGUACUACAAGAAAAAGGCUUUUGUAAAG